AUGUUGAAGAACCAGUGUAGAUAUUGCAGCGAUCUAUUUGAAACGAAAGGCAAACGCGAUAGUCACACGUUAGAUCAACAUGUUUCUACGGUGAUAGUUGGGGAAACAAAUGUGUCUCGUACUGCUUCCGGAUUUCCGUGCCCAUGUUGUCGAAAACCAUUAAAAUCUGCAAAAACCUUGAGGGUACAUUUGGCAAAGAAACAGCUGCCAUGCUCGUUUGUUUACGACUCUGCGCCUCAAUCUGACCCCAGAGAAAGCUUGUCUUUAAAAGUCGAGCCAGAUGCCUUGACCAACACUGCGACAACAGCUGAAACAACAAGCUCUGUGAAUAUCAGCAAGGAGUCACCGCUUAUUGAAUCAACAGCAUCAAACGUAUCAACCGCGUCAACCCUCUUGACCUCAUCACCCACUUCCUCCACGUUAUCUUCUUCAAUUGUACUUGAUGAGUUGAGUUUUUCUCCACCACCAAUGGAAGAUCGUCUGCUCUUUAACAGUAUCGACGUGUCUGCUCAGUUUUAUAAGUUUCAGCUGGAUGCGCAAAGCCGGCUGCGAGAAGAUGCUGCCUUCACUAUUGAAGAACAUAUGCAACAUAUAUUGGCCUUAUCGUCAGUUCUCUUGCUAAAGCCUGCGCGCACUCAUGAAGAUUUGCACAGGCAUAUCGAUCUUAACACUUGUGAAGGACUUCGCCGACAUAUUCUUUCUAAGCAGCAGACUGCGUAUCAACCAUUCCCAACUUCAACCAGGAACCGACUUGAAGAAAUUAUGGGACAAAUGGAUUUGGAUGGCGACCGAAAUAACAUAUGUACGCGUUUGGGAGCAUCGUGCCGAAUUUCUGCAAUGAUACAGGAGGAUGGCCUCAAUUCUACAAACAGGAUUCUGUUGGCCGUUCGUAACAUGGUGGAAAAACUACCCCGUCAUAUUGUUGAAGAUGGGCCCAAAGAAACUGAAUUAAUCACAAGGCAUUUGGAAGCAAUCCUGGCCCCUCUUUUCGAGGACUUGGAUAACAACAUAAUUUUUAGAUGGACUUCCGUCAGCGAUGAAGAAAAGCAAGCCACUACACGAUUAGAUGCCUCAAUAAAUAUCACAAAUGGAGCAGCAUUGAGUAAGCGAAUUGGCUGCGGUGAGGUAAAAGCGCAAUACCAAGCUCUCAAUCAUCGGUUGGCUGGCAUUGAUUUAAUGCGCAUUACACUGUUGGCCAAGGCCGCAUCCGAUAAACACAAGUUGAAAGAAAUCUUUACCUUCACUGUUGUCGGCAAAUAUGCCACUUUCUACAUAUUUACUCGCGCCCAAGCUUAUUUGUAUACAAUGUGUGAGAUCGCACAUAUCCAACUACCUCUUACCCUUGAUCAUGUGCCCCUUUUUCUUUCACAACUGGACAAGGUUGUCAAAAUUAUUUCCUGCUUUCAAUAUACUUUAAAUAGCGGCAGCCACAGCUAUGCAAAUGAUCCAUUUACACUCACUGAUAACAUGCUCCACAACGCUACGGAUCCCAAAUCGUCACGCAAGCGAAAAUCAAUUACAAGUCAUUAUAACCAUUGA